AUGAUCAAGGUAAUGGAAAGCUCGAGCUUCCAAUUCCUCUGUUCAUUUUGUGAAGAUGCCGUAGUCAUCAAAGUGGAGACACGAGAAGCGGACAGACACCGUGCCACUGUUAAUGGAGUCGAUAACGAUGGCACCAUGACAUUUCUCCAGUCAGUUAGACUUGAGAGUAGCAGACGAGUCGCUCGCGCAGAGCCAUUUGUUAUUCUGGUUCGUGAAUUGCUUCAACCGGGUGACCCUUUGAAAUUCGACUUGGAGUUUAUGGGUCACUACAAUGGGCCGAACCUCGAGCUAGUGCGUGAAUACAGCAGCGAAGAGGAGGUGAUCUAUUUUCUUGAGUUCAAUCCUCAAAAUGGCGAAUGGUCUGCAUCCAAACAAGAGGCUUUGGCAGGUGUCACCAAGUCGCUAACAGUCGAUUAA